AUGAUAAAAGAACUUUAGAUAAAAUGUGUUAUUGAAGGACAUGAUUUUGUUGAAUUAGCUUGUUUAAAUGAAAAAUGUAAAGCUAAUAGAGUUUAUUAUCAUUAAUGUCUUAAGAAUGGAGAUCAUGUUGCUCAUAUGAAGGAUUAAAAGGAUUUAAAGGAAUUAAUUGAGUUUUUUUAAGAAGUUGAAUAAGAAAAUGGAAGUUUAAUAUCAAAAUUAAGUUUGAUGCUUGGAGAAAUAAUCAAACUAUUUAAUUAAUUAAAUUAAGGAUUAGAAUAAAAAUAUCAAUUCUCUAAGGAUAAGUUGUUAAUGUUGAAUUCAAAGUAAUUGAAUUAAGCUUUAGAUUAAGUGAUCAUAUAUGAUGAAAUUAAAAAAGGCUAAUUUGAAGAAAAAAAGAAAUGUUCGAACGAUAUAAUCAUAUCAUUAAAAAAAUAUAUUAAAGAAUUGAAAUUAGGAGAAGUAAAUUAUUUUUCAUCAAAACAAUAAGAAUAAGGAAAUGUAGAAGAAUUAUAUUAAUAGGGUAAUCAGAUAAUUAAUUUAGGAUGCAAAUUAUAUGAUGAUGAUAAAUAUGAAGAAACAAUUAAACUAUUAGAUGCAGCUUUACUGAUUAAUCCUAAACAUUUCAGUUCGUUAUAUAUAAAAGGUAUACAAAUCAUACACAACUGUAUUAGCUGAUUCUUUAAAAAUGCUUGGGAAUUACAAAGAUGCAAUUAGAUGGCAGAUAAAGCUUUGUAGAUAGAUUCAAAACAUGUCAAUUCAUUAUCUACAAAAGGUAAUUUAACUUUUUAAAUAUAGGUGAAUCAUUAAGAAUGUUGGGUAAAUAUACCAAAGCUCGUAAAAUUUGUGAUCAAGCAUUAAAUGUUAAUCCAUAUCAUGAUAAAUCCUUAGGGAGUAAAGGUUCACUAUAUUUUAAUGUAUAUAGGAGCCUGUUUACAAGAAUUGUCAAAAUAUUCAGAAGCUAUUAUUUAUUACAAUAAGGCUCUUUAGAUCAAUCCAGAUUAUUUAUGGCUAAAAGUAAAAAAGGUAUAUUAUAAUAAUUUAUUUUAAUAGCUGA